AUGUUUAGUAGAUCAAUUCUUAAAUAUAAUAAUGCAAUUCAAAAUGGAUGCAAAAGAAUGAUUGGAUACAAUACAAUGCAAGUUGGUGCAAGUGCGUCAUCAACAUUGGUUAGAUCAUUUUCAACUGCUUCUACUACAACUACAACAGCUACUAAAGCAGAACAAGAUGCCUAUCAAGCACGUGUUAUUGCACCAUCACCUCAACGUGGUCGUCGUCCAAACAAACAACGUCCAACCAAAUUCCCACAAUACUCUAACAUUCCACGUAUCAACACAGAGGGUUUCCAUCGUCUUGCCAACAUGGGCUUUGAUUUCUACUUUUUGGAUGUUCGUGAUGAAGCCUCUUACAAGGAAUCUCAUAUUCAAGGAUCUACCAACCAUCCAAUUGCCACUCUUGAAAAGACUAGCGAAGAGCUCCACAAGAAUGUCAUGACUUUUGUGUUUGGACCAAAGGACAAGGGUUUCCCAGUUGGUUGUGAGGCUGCAACCAUUUUAAAUGCAAAGGGUUUCAAGAGUGUAGUGGUUCUCGAAAGUAGUGUACAAGAGUUGGCAGAUAUCGGUUUCUUCUAUAACUCUGAAAAGGAUUUAAUGAAAGGAAAUAUAAAAGGUAAACCAAAAAAGAGAAGUGGAGAUUUAUCAAAAGCUACACCACUUCACAACAUCGGUCCAUUGUUUGUUGUUUGUUUAUCCUCCUCUGCCCUCUCAUCUUAA